UCGAGCGGGGUCCGAACGGGGCCUGAACGGAGCUUGGGCAGGGGCUGGCGGAUCUGCGGGGCACCAUGCUGUCACCCGAGGCAGAGCGGGUGAUGCGGUACCUGGUGGAGGUUGAGGAGCUUGCGGAGGAGGUGCUGGCCAACAAGCGACAGAUUGUGGACCUGGACAUCAAAAGGAAUCAGAACCGGGAGGGCCUGAGAGCCCUGCAGAAGGAUCUCAGCUUUUCUGAGGAUGUGAUGGUUUGCUUCGGGAACAUGUUUAUCAAGAUGCCCCACCCUCAGACGAAGGAAAUGAUUGAGAAAGAUCAGGAUUAUCUGGAUAAAGAAAUAGAGAAACUGCGGAAACAACUUAAAGUGAAGGUCAACCGCCUCUUUGAAGCCCAAGGCAAACCAGAGCUGAAAGGUUUUAACCUGACCCCCCUCAACCAGGAUGAGCUUAAGGCCCUCAAGGUCAUUUUGAAAGGCUGAUUUUCAAGAACCAAGAUGGGGACCUAAGACCAGCAAACCCUCCCCCCUGGGUCGUGGAGGACCCUGGACUCUCCAACCUUGAAACCUAAAAGGACAGAAUCGACCCUGCAAGGAGACAGGCUUCAGGACCGAGCCGUGGCUCCAGUAUGAAGCCUCUUUGUCUGCAGUGUUUGGCUGCUCUGAGGCAGCAGGAGGGAACCCUCAGCCUGCCGGUGUCCGCUGGGCUUGACCACUGGGCCAGGCGGACACAAGCCCCAUUGACCGCCCCCAGCAUCCACCAGUGGGUGGUGGCAGUGGAGGUGUGAGAAUGACCAUGGCAGCACUUCUGACAAUGGCCUGCUGUCCAGAUGGGACACGGGCAGUGAAGAAGGGCACAGGGAGAGUGGGAGCGUCAUUCCAGCAUUCCUCUCAGAGAGGGAGACAUUUCCCAGCUGUGUAACCAUUGGAAGAAAACAGCACGCUAGUGGUUUCUGAAGGAAGGACAGAGCCCUGUGCUUGGUAGUUUCCCAGUCAUCCACUCCCUCCCCCCCUCUCACCCCCUCAAUUGCCUCCCUUUCGCCCUUUUUUCCAGCUUGUGCCCCAGGACAGAGUCCGUCGUGGGUGCUGCUUAUCAAGCCUUGCGCCUGCUCUUUUAGUCAGGAGGCCUUGCAGAGUCCUGUACCCGUGGUGGGUGAGGGAGCGGUGGGUCCUGUGCCAGUGGUGGGUGCUUCUUGGCAUUCAUGUCCAUCUAGGGUGCCCCCCCAAUCUACCUUCAGUGGUCUUGGGUCCUAAUGACAGAAUACUGUGAGGGCGUCUUUGCUGUUCACUGAGGGCUCAAUAAAUGUCACCCAGGUGAUCUUCUGGUCUUUACCUCACUUGGUCUCAAUUGCGUACGCACUGCUCUCUCUGGAGACCACCUGUGAGGGGCAGUGGUUCUUGUUUCGAAAUGACACAGCUGAGACAGCAAGUGUCACAUGUCCCCCACUCAGCUCCAGCUGGCAACUCUGCGAAGACCUGCGCUGUGCUCAGACCUUGUGUUUUCUUAAAGAACUAGAAACUUGGAUUUUUAAAUUGAAUCUUUUGCCUUUUAAAUAUUGCUAACUAAUUCACGAAGUUUUGAGCCAGGCUAGCUGGUUCACUUCUUGGGAUUGUCAGUGCUGGUCAAACAAAACACCUUCCAUAA